CGGGCAGUGCGCGGCAGAGCCGUCGGGGGGCCGUGGCGCCGCGCGGCGGGGGCACGGGCACGGGCACGGGCACGGGCACGGGCGAUGCCGAGCCCCGCUCGCUGAGGCAGAACUGGGAUGCCGCCCCGGGGAGCCCCGCCGCCGCCGCCCCGGCGCUAGCCUGUGCUGCCCGGCGGGGCGGGAGGCGCCGAGCCAUGCUGCCCGGCCUAUGGGACAUCGCCUGAGCUGCUGCCGCCGCCGCCGCCUCGAUGCCCCCGGCCCCCCGCAGCCGCCGCCGCCGCCCGCCCCGGUGAGGAGGAAGCUGCUGCUGCUCCUCAUCAUGCUCGUGCUCUGGCUCUGCAUGUUCUACUCGUGCGCCGGCUCCUGCGCCGCCCUGCCCGGCCUCGUGCUGCUCGGCGCCCCGCCGCCCCCCCCCGCCGCCGCCGCCGCCGCCGGGCCCCCGCCCGGGACCGGGCUGUCCAAGCUGCUGCUGCGGGCGCCCGCCAAGGCGCCGCCGGACGAGCUCCCCGACGCGCCCAGCCCCAUCUCCAGCUUCUUCAACGGCUCCGGCUCCAAGCAGCUGCCGCAGGCCGUCAUCAUCGGCGUGAAGAAGGGCGGCACGCGGGCGCUGCUGGAGUUCCUGCGCGUGCACCCGGACGUCAGGGCCGUGGGCGCCGAGCCCCACUUCUUCGACCGCAACUACGAGCGGGGCCUCGCCUGGUACAGAGACUUGAUGCCCAGGACCCUGGAUGGGCAGAUCACCAUGGAGAAAACCCCCAGCUACUUCGUCACCAAGGAGGCACCCGCUCGUAUCUCCGCCAUGUCAAAGGGCACCAAGCUCAUCGUAGUCGUAAGGGACCCUGUAACCAGAGCCAUAUCUGAUUACACGCAGACUCUUUCUAAGAAGCCUGACAUCCCCACCUUUGAGAGCCUGACCUUCAAAAACAGGACUACGGGACUGAUCGACACCUCGUGGAGCGCCAUCCAGAUUGGCAUCUAUGCCAAGCACCUGGAGAACUGGCUCCUGUACUUCCCCAUCGGGCAGAUCCUCUUUGUCAGCGGGGAGCGGCUGAUCAGCGACCCUGCUGGGGAGCUGGGCAGGGUCCAGGACUUCCUGGGCCUCAAGAGGAUCAUCACAGACAAACACUUCUACUUCAACAAAACCAAGGGUUUUCCGUGCCUGAAAAAGGCUGAAGGCAGCAGCAAACCCCACUGCCUGGGGAAGACAAAAGGCAGGCCCCACCCCGAGAUAGACCAGGAGGUGGUGCAGAGACUGCGGGACUUCUACCGGCCUUUCAACAUGAAGUUCUACCAGAUGACUGGGCACGACUUCGGCUGGGACUGAGGCUGAUGCAGUCGCUCACCUCUGUAAUUACCCAUGUGGCACGGUUUGCUUAUAUAAAGAGAUAUAUGUAUGUAAAAUGUACAGAAAUCUAUUUUAUAAUAAUUUAUUUUUAAUUCUUAAGCAAUUAAUUCACUAAGCUGCCUAACCACACUGGCUAGAAUGUUAGCCCAUAACCUGUUUAACAUUCCACGGUAUUUUAUUCUAAUGUCUUUUUAUUUGGCUGUAAUUGGUGCUUCCAUUUUUCCUAAAUAAAAUUUAGUAUUUAAAUAAGGGGAUGGGAGGAGGGGGGCGGGAAAAAGCACAACUUUAUUUUUGUUACGGGUAUUAGGCCUUUAUAAAUGCUCUCAUCUUACAACUCCUAAGUCUGUUCCACUAGUGUUCUGUUUCCCCACCCCUACCACACACACACUUCUGCAUUAGAUCUCUUUUUGGUUAGCAAUGUUCCUUUGGGCCAUCAGAAUAAUCCUGGGUUAGGGAGAGGUUACACUACUUUGGAACAGAGUUGUACCUAACAUUGCAGCUACUUUACAGGAGAGGUGUGAUGUGCAAAACCCAUCAUUAUUCAAUAUUUCUGCUCCCAAGCUGUAUAGCUGCUAGUGCUGAGAGUCUGCUGCUUUUUUUUCAUUUUUUUGUUUUCGUGUUCUCCAUAGGCUUUGCUUGGUGCAAAAGCUUCACUUAUGGAAAGGAGCACCAAUGGAGGGAGGGAGGCCUCUGUCCAAGGGGAAAGUAGGCUCAUCAGUCUUUCAGUUUUAUUUUAAUGGGGAGGAUCACUCCCUCAUGCACCAUACGCCAUGUGCCCAUCUAGAACAAGUUUCUGGAAACUCUAUGCAUUUCUUUCCUAAACUUAAUCUUGUCCUUGGUAAAGAGAUGACAUGCUUAUUGCUGAUCUGAACUACUCAAGAAUAAAUGAAUCUCCCACUCUUAUGUGCAUAUGCACGUAUAGUGGAGAGCCCAUUCUAAAAAGCACUAGUCUAGUAUGCAAGCAGAGCAAUCUGCUUAGAUGCACCAAAGAAAUCAAUAGAACUACAGGAGCCAUUUCAGGGGGACGGGAGGGAGGGAGGGCGGGAUCAGUCUCAGUGCUCAUUAGUGGCAAAGAGAUAAAAUAAGGCCCUGCUGCCACUUACUGUAAUUGGAGAUCUGAGUGGGUCACCAGUGGAAUGAGAGUGGGCCCUCAGUUUUGUCCCUGUUGGAUGUUGAUUUGUCUACAUCACUCUUCGGUGUAACCUCUUAGCCAAAGGCCCAUUCUCAAGGGACUCCUGCUAAAGUAGGAGAGGGUGAUCCCAGGCAAGGUUCAGAGGAAUCCAUAGAACCAUGCAGGGAAAUGUAUACACUACUUGCUGCCUACCAUUGCUGCUGGACUCGUUUAUGGCAGUUACUUUUCCAGGAAUUUGGGGUUAAGAGACCCAGAAUCAAACACCAGUGAACUGAUGAUAGCGCUGUUUUUACUCAGAGAAGUAACUGCUCUGUUCUGCUAGAUAGUGAGGAUAAAAUAAGAACCCAAUUUUUGCUCUUUUUGCUGAAUGCCUUCUGAGGACAUGAGCUUUCCGGAUCCAGGUUUCUACUCUCCCAGUUUCUGGUGCCAGUCAGGAAUGGAAACAAAAAUGUUGAAAUGCACUAGAACAGCUGCUUUUGCAGAAUUUCCAGCCCAUGCAGAAGUAGCUAGUGAGAGGGAAUCCUUUUCUAAGGAGCGUUCUGGCCAAGUUUUGCAGACUCGGGUGUUCUGGAUAAUCUUCCUACAUUUUCAGUGUCUUUGCUGAGCUGAAGCCCACUUGUCUUUAAUGGACCUUUCAGUCACAUAGUGAUUGCAGAAAAGAAUAAAAGCAAAGCUGUGCCAUCAUUACUGUGCAGCUACAGGGUAAAUGCACACAUAUAUAUAUUUCUAUAGUUUCUAACAGAGCAUAGGUUUCAUUCAGUAAGUUGUAUAAAUGAAGCAUUAUGCAGGAAUGUUUCAAAUGUAUGUAGUAGGAGUACCAUGGUAUUUGCUAAAUAAACAUGCUGAUGUUCCUGCAUGAGUACUUGCAUAAUAUGUGCAGUGUAAUAAAACUGUAAAAAUCCUGUGUGGAUAAUACUGCAAUAAUAGCAAGUGAACUAAUGGGCAAACAAUACACGACUUUCUUUGUGUUGAUACACUAGUUUCAUAUGUGUUAUCCAUACAACUUAGUCUAAUUUCCACCCCUGUUCCUCCCCCAUCCACAGCAAGUACAGUUGUAAUCCCGUGUUACUAAACAAUGCCCAGCUGUGGCGGUGUGUGUUCUGUGGCAUUCCCCAGAUACGGCUUUUACUUUAACAGUCUCUUUGCUUUUGCCUGUCCUAUACAGCUGUCUCUACAGCUGUUUAAUGAUGAAAAAGCAGGCACAAUUUUCCUUCAGCACAAUUCAGUUAACAGGCCUCUGCUCUCUCUGGGCCCAGUUCUGAGCAGGUUUACACAAAUGGAACUGAGAUCAACAAUCUGGCCCUCUGGGUCUGUAAGCAAGAGGAGCAGUAAAGUGUUGUCCUUAAGAGCAGAUUCAGUUAUAUUCCUAUUCCAGACCUAAGGUCUGCUCAGUUUAGAGCCCCGAUAAGCCCUUGGGUUAGUUUCACUCACGAGUGGUGUCGGGACAUGGGAAGUCACAACGUUUAACAAUGUCACUGGGGUGGAGAAGACCACAUCAAGAUCAGUGAGGGACGAGAGAGAGGUAUACAAGUUUGCCCUUUCAAGAGGCAAAAAUCCCCUGGUCCAGAGGGAGAUACAGAUGCUUAGCACAGUCUAAUGUCUGCCAUUGUGUGAACAAAUUUUGUAUUUGCCUUUUAAACCUUUCCUACUCCAAAUGGACAGUGACAUUUUGACAGGUGGAAAUGGGAUCGUUUCAUGGCUGGUCCUGGUUUGCCAUGGGCAGUUCCAACAAUACAAUUGCACCACCUUGGAUCAAGUCAGUCAAUUUUAGAAGUCGUGUAAAGGAAGUCUUCUUUAUGUGGUGUCCAGUCUGUUGCAGGUAAUAUAUACAGUGCAAAGCAAGGCAUAAAAUUCAGUUGCAAACUUUUGACAGAUUUGAGGGGCAUUUUGGAUUUAGACACGUUUGGUUGGGGUUCUAUAUUUUGGCUUGGACUCUGUAGAGAAGGGGUGUUAGGUCCUAUCUCUAAUACUAAGUACUAAAUACACUAGCAUGUCCAGUUUACCAUAAAGGCCUACUAGCCUGAAAUUGUUGAAUAAUUGAGAAAGUGUUUACUUUGGAAAAGUAGUACUGUACCAGAAGAAACUAGUUAUUACAGACACUUGUGUCUUCCUACUAGACAGUUUAUGCAGUGUGUGGAAUUAAGUCUUUUGUUUCUUUCUUGUUCUCCAAGGCAACCAAUCAAGCUCUCCAGCUGCUUAUUCAGCUUUCAUGAAAACCAUGUCACUUCAUGGUGAUGUGAUGGCAUUGCCCAAGCAUUUGAUAUCUUCUUCCCCCCUCCCCCUCCAAUACUUGGCAAAGUUCUGCCAUGUCUUUAUUUUAUUUCAAACCGGUUUCUUUAAGUGUUGAAGAUCCUUGGUAACUAUAAGCAUCUCCUAAUACCUUCCUCAACUGUAUGGAACUUGUCACAAUAUUGAUUUAGGGUCCGUUUCUUCUUCUUUUUUAGGUUGAGCCUUGCUUCUGAAUAGCUUCAUGAGAUAACCAGGUUGGAUUAUAGAAGUAUGUAAAGUUAAUAUUCUUUUAAAUACUUUUAAGCAAAUUGCUAAUCAGCUGAACAUUUUUUGUAACACAGUCUAUAUGGGCUUCUAUAGAUGAGUUCCUAGCAGCCGGAGGAAGGGGAGGCACUUUAAUUAGCAUAGCUCCGAGAGCCGCGCUAAUUAAAAGCGCCCAGAGAGUCGUGCAUCAGAAUCUCCACAAUGAAAAAUGGUGGCCAGGCAUUUGAACUAACGCUCGUUGAACAAGCUUUAGUUUAAGGCACCCUACCACCACUUUUCAGUGUGGGGACGCUGAUAUGUGUGAUGCUGGAGUAUGGUAAUUGCCACGCUGCAGCAGACUCAAUUAAUCGAGUCUGCUCUGACACACUGUAAUUACAGUGCAUUGGAGCAACCUCCCUACACGUGUAUAGGAGCCCUAUGAGACCAAUUGCCAUAAUACGAAAGGCAACCAAGAUGAAUUCCUUUACAAUAUCCAUCUGGAUUGUUAAUACUGGAGUCAAUAUUAUCUUUUUUGUUUUCUUAAGAAAAAAUUGAACUCAGAGGUGUGGUUAGAAUUUUUUUUUCAUAUUGUAACAUUAAUUUAUGGCUGAGUUUCAUUCAGCCUUGUAUUCAGAAGUGCAGUACAGAUAUUAGCGAUUUGUUGUCUGUAAUAUGGUACGGUAGACUAGCCGGUUUGUUUAAAAAACAAAACAUAAAAAACCCUGAAAAAAAUAAAAAAAACAAAAAAACCCUAAAAACAAAAACAAACCCAACAAAAAGCCCCAAACAAAAAAGGCAAAUCAAGUAUUUUGUGGUAUGUACAACACAAAUUAAUUUUACACAAAAAUGUUUCUAGGAAAAUGGAAUUCUGAUAAUUCAUACUAUUUGUAUGAACAAAUAAAAUAUAUUUUACCAAA